GUCUGCUGGCCCGAGUGUUGGAGACCCCGAGCAGCGUGACAGCGGUGUUUGGCACAGACGUGGUGCUGCCAUGCGGCUACCAGGCCACGCAGGGUGAGGCGGUGCUGCAGGUCACCUGGCUGAAGCGAGUGGACGGCGGGAAGCGCGUGGAGGUGGCAGUCCUGAAUUCGGAGCAUGGGGUCCACAUCGAGAAGGCCUACAUUGGCCGGGUGCAGCGGCAGGCGCAGGGGUCGCUGGUGAACGGCUCCAUCGUGCUGAAGAACGCGGUGCAGGCUGACGAGGGCGCCUACGAAUGCCAGCUCAUCACCUUCCCCCGGGGCAACUUCGAGUCCCGCCUGUCCCUCAAGGUUCUAGUGCCCCCAUUGCCAAUCCUGAACCUCGGGCCUCCGCUAGAGGAAGGGCAGGGCCGCACACUGGCCGCCUCCUGCACCGCUGAAGGGAAUCCCGUCCCCACCAUCACCUGGGAGACCGAAAUCCGCGGCGUUUCCAACACCCAGGAAUCCUCGCAUCCCCGCUCGGCCUCGGUCACCAGCGAGUUCUAUGUGGUCCCCGGCCGCAGCAUGCAUGGCAAGGCCUUGACCUGCGUGGUCUCGCACCCGGGGCUGCAGCACCUGAAGAGGAUCACCCACAACCUCAGUGUGGCCUGUAGGCUCAACGAGCCUCUUCCCAUGGGAGUGAUGAUCAAAGGGGACACCUUGCAGUUCCAGAGGCCCCUCAAAACUGGAGACAACGGGAUUUACAUCUGCCGAGUGUCCAACAGCUUUGCAGCCAAGGAAGUGAGGGCUGCAGUGGGCAUCAAAGAACUCCCAGCACCACAGGUGGACGUGGUCUCCAUCUCCAUGAUCGGCGUGGCCAUCAUUUCGGGGGUCUUGCUCAGCCUCCUGAUCCUGGUGGUCAUCCUCAUGACUUGCUACCACAAGCGGAAAACCAAGCGCAUCACCAAGAAAUAUGAGGAAGAACUGACUUUGACCCGGGAAAAUUCAAUCCGGCGCCUGCAUUCCAGCCACAGUACGGACACCCGGCAUCAGAUCGAAGAAAACCUUCCCCUGAGGUCGGAGAGCCGGCAAGGGAGCUUCCGCGGGGACAGCCUGUGCCGGGAGAGCCUCCGAGCGGAUAGCCUGUGCCGGGAGAGCAGGCAGGGCAGCUUCCGGACAGACAGCUUCCGGGAAACCAGCCUUUGCUCAGUGAUGGGAGAAGAUGCCGAGGGACGCAGCUACUCAACCUUGUCCACCGUCCGGGAAAUCGAGACCCAGACUGAGCUUCCCCCGCCGCCCCCGACUCCGGUCCCAGAAGAUCAGGCGGAGGAGAAGGAGAAAGAGAAGGAGAAAGAGAAAGAAGAAGAGGAAGAGCGAAAUGACGAAAACAAUAUCAAGCAAGCAAUGACUCACUUUGUUCAAGAGAAUGGCACCCUCCGUGCGAAGCCCACCUCCAACGGCAUCUACAUCAAUGGACGGGGACACCUGGUCUGACACUUGUCCAUCUCCCGGCCAGUUUCCCAGGUCCGAGCCAGCUCUGAGCCCUCAUCCUAACUGCUUGCUGGGACCUUUUUUGGGGGGGAAGUGGGAGGCCAAGCGCCCUUGAGACUCAGGUCCUCUCCUUCUGAGCCACCCGGCCUCAGGCUGCCCACCUUGGGAUCUCCUGAAGCCCUCCUUCCUUCUUCCCAAGACUUUGGCCAACGUAGAAGCCAACUUCUCCUCCAGCGUGGAAGUGAGAUCCUGAAGAUGCUCAGAAGCCACUUCAGGAACUGGGAGAGUCCCCUUCCCCACCCACUCCCAACUGGUCUGGGCUGCCUCUUUGUGCGAAUUCAUUCUGGAGUCUUUUGUAGCCAGGUAGGACUCAGGUUGUGGGGAUGGACAAAGCUUUGGAGAAGGACAAGUGAGACCCUUCGGGGCUCUUCAGGUGACUCGGCUGGGCUCAGGGGCAAAACCAUACAAACUCCUGCAUCUUUUAUAGUAAUUAUUACACUUACUGUUGUCGUUGUUGCGAUGGCCCUUGGUCCAUCCUGGGCAAAAGUUUCCCACAGGCCACCAGCAGUUAAAAAGAUGAGCUCCAUUUUAAUUAUUAUUUUUAUUUGUAUUAUUAAUACGAACUGGGCAAGGAAUGUUUCUACUAUAAGCUUCAAGGGCUUUCCAGAAAAUGCUGAAGAAAGAAUCUGGAGACCCAACGGAAGUCCUAUUUCCAGACCUUCUACUGGGUCAACGAUGUUGAAUAAUG